GGGAUGUUUCACUUGAUACGUAUUGAUGGUUAUUUAUUUAUGUUUACGACAUAUCGUAAAGUGUAUCGGUGAUACAAGAUGGCAGCGCCCGUGGAGAAAACGCCGGCGGCUGUUCACCAAGAAUGUUGUUCCUGUUCGGAAGCGAAGUUCCGACGGAGGAUCCUGGUUACAGGUGGUGCUGGCUUCAUAGCAUCUCAUGUUGUUGCAAUUUUGGUGGAAAGACAUCAAGACUACUUUGUAGUCAAUCUUGAUAAGUUGGAUUAUUGUGCCAGUCUCAAGAACCUGGAGACUGUGGAAAACAGACCCAACUACAAGUUCAUUCAGGGUGACAUUUGUGACCAAGACUUCAUGCGGUAUAUCUUCCAGAAUGAGAGAAUUGACACAGUGUUGCAUUUUGCUGCUCAGUCUCAUGUUGAUACGUCAUUCACAAGUUCUUUAGAGUUCACGCGUGUGAAUGUGUACGGGACCCACGUACUUGUCAACACCGCGUACGAGAAUGGCGUGAAGAGGUUCGUGCACGUCAGCACAGACGAGGUCUACGGAGGAAAAAGCACCAGUGUGCUCCUGGAGUCUGCACCUAAAAACCCCACAAACCCCUAUGCAGCCUCCAAGGCAGCUGCGGAGUGUAUUGUCAUGUCCUACUGGGAAGGGUUCAAGUUCCCUGUGAUCAUAACAAGAGGUAAUAAUUCAUACGGGCCUCAUCAAUUUCCAGAAAAGGUCAUUCCAAAGUUUGUGUCUUUGCUGCAAAGGGACAGAAAAUGCUGUGUCUAUGGCAACAGCCAGCCGUUACGGAACUACCUUUACGUGACGGACGCGGCGGAAGCGUUCCUCACGAUCCUGGAGAAAGGGCAGGAUGGUGAAAUCUACAACAUCGGCACGGACUUCGCAAUCUCCAAUCUGGAGUUGGCCAAGCUCCUCAUCAGAAAGUUAAGACAUGUGACUACAGAAGAAGAGGUGCAGAGGUGGAUAGAGCACACACCAGAUAGACCGUUCCAUGACCAACAGUACCGCAUUGACAGCACGAAACUCAAGCAGCUGGGCUGGGAGCCCAAGGUAUCAUGGGAAGAGGGGCUAGAAAGGACAAUUGCCUGGUAUUCCAAGCACUUCCAUAACUGGACAACAGCUGAACAGGCGCUACAACCCUUCAGCAAUGGAACGUCCAAAUAUCAGAACUCUGCAAGUGCUGGACAAUAACACAGAAAUGUACUAUUCUUAUAGCUGUGUUUGUAACUAUGAAGCUUUUGUAACUGAGAAAGAUUUUAUUCAGCACUAAGAUACUUCUUACUUGCAGUGAUUUUUAUUUUUUGUCAAAGCUGCGGUGUUUACAACAAUGAUAAGAUUUUUAAACCAAAGUGAAAGUACGUAAAAGUUUUAAUAAGAAGCAUCUAAUUUAUUCACCUAAAAACAUGGUCAGAGUAACUGCUCAUUUGAAGUCUAUGUUCUAAUUGAUCAGUUGUUUUGUACCUAAUUAAGUUAGGGUGUUGAGUAAAACAAAAACUGUGACUUAUUUUUGGUGCCUUCAUAACAAGAAAAAGCAGUGGCCUUGAACUGAGCUUGGUAAAUUGCAUUGUUAAGGUAAAGAAAGAAUGUAUGCUUCUAAUUGAACUGAAUAUUAUAGAUAGAUGUAUGCAUGUCAUAUUUCUAAGGGCUAUAACAUGUACAUAUAUUUUUACUAAGCACAAACUUUAUUAUAUGCUGCAUUCCAUUGAAUAGUAACAAACAUAGCACUAACAUGUACAUGUAAAUGUGAUGAAUCACUGAUGAUGCAUGUUUUUCAAUAUAUUUUUAUAAGGCUACACAAUCACUACUUCUCAAAUAUUUUUGAGUAUUGUUUUAGCAAGAAGAUAACAAAAAUUGAGGGUUGGGAGAAAUACUUUCCCUAGUGUUGAGAUUUUAGUUGUUUUUUUUUCUUUUCAAAAUGUCGAUUAGAUUGCUGUGACCAAAGUCCUAGACUUGUACAGUUGCCUUUUUGCCUAUCUUACAUGUACUUUGUAUUUCAUUCUGUGUGUAACGUUACAGUGUCAUAGAGUUUGUAUCAGUGUUGGAGGUAUGAAUUGAGGUAUUGUAAAUCAUCAAAUGUUUGCGUUGGUUUUUCGAUGGUCUUUCAGGUGACACUUUUGUAAGGUCACAUGCUCUGAGCAUUCUGAUGAAAAUCAGAGGAGUCUCCUUUUUUGGUGGAAAAUGGAUCAUUUUUCCUAAGGUAUAAAUCGGCAUAUGUUGGACUAUAUUUGUACGAUAAUUAAACGUUUUUCGACUAUUUAUAUUUCUAUAUCAUAUAGAGGCAUAUAUAUGUGUCUCUGUCUUUAGCUGAACAAUACUGAUCAAACAUGGCAGUCAGUGAUGGCAGACUUCACCCCUUCUUGCAUGCAAUGAAUAUGUCCAUGACGUAAUCUACCAUAGACAGACAUUAACAGGUACACGUGCUAUUAUAUAUAGCUAGCCAGGAAUGUAAAGUGAAUAUCUAUAAAAGACUUUUAAGAGAUGCCGCUCUCUCGUUGAAGAUAGAUAACUACGUACAUUGUGUCCACCCUGCUGCACUUAGACUCUAUUCCGCUAAGGGCGUGAUUUGACGAUUCAAUUAUCGGCGCGAAUACGGUGUGGCGUGAUAGUUGCACCGGUAACGUCAUGGUCACGUGUUCAGCCGUUGUCUUGUGCAUUACCAUGAUGGCGGUUAUGGAGCUGUCUGUGUAGCUCACCUGGUAACAUUUCCGUGUUAACAACGAGGGCACCACGAUCGUCCGACCAAAAAUAUCG